AUGAUUAUAUAUUCUCAUUUCAUUAAAAGUAUAUCUUUCUUAAAAAUUUUACAGAAAAAAAUUUUAUAUAAGAAUAAAGUUAAUUAUAAUACUUUAGGUUAUAAUAAGGCUAAUAAGAGAAAAUAUAGACUACCUAAUAAUAAUAAAAUUUAUAUGAAAAAUAUAAAAUUAAAUAAAAAUGGAUUACAGUCAAAAAAUAGAGUAAAUCUAGUAAGAAAGUAUCCAUCAAAAAAAAGAAAUAAUAAUAAUUUUAAAAUAAAUGCAUUAAACAAAAAGAAUUUUAAUAUUAAUUUUACAAAAAUCAAAUAUCUAUUAAAUUUUACUAAAAAAAUAACAUUAUGCAGUUUAUUUAUAUAUGCAAUAAAUAAUUAUUUUUUUGAUAUGACUCUCACUAGUGGUUCAAGUAUGCACCCUCUAAUAGAUAAAAAUGGAGUUAUUUUAUUUUAUAUUUGUAAUGAUGCAUUAAAGUUUUUUUAUAAAUUACAUAAAAUAUAUAUAGAUAGUUAUAUAUAUAUUUUACAAAAAUACAACAAUAUAAUAAAAUUUAUGUUUCGUCUUAAUAAUAUCAUAUAUUUUAAUGAAAAUAUUUCUGAAAAAAUAACAAAUUUAAAAAAAAAAAAAGAAAAAAGUAAACACAUUUAUAACAGAGGAGAUGUUGUAUUAUUAAUUUCUCCUGUUAAUAGUAAUAAAAGAGUAUGUAAAAGAAUUAUUGCAAUAGAAAAGGAUAAAAUAUAUGUUGAUAAUUUUUAUUCUUUUAUUGAAAUACCUAAAAAUAACGUAUGGAUAGAAGGAGACAAUAAGAAUGAUUCAUUUGAUAGUAGAAAUUAUGGUUGUGUGCAUGUAAAUUUGAUAGUUGGUAAGGCAUUUUUUUUACUAGAUCCUUUUAAAAGCUUUUCUUUUAUCAAUAGUAAAAAAAAUUAUCAAAUAGAAUCAUCUCGAUUUUUAUAUUUAUCAGAAUAA